AUGCCCGAAAAACCUAUCUUCUCAGGGAAGACAGCACUCUUGGACGAAGUCAUAGCAGUCCCCUUCCCUAAAGAAUUUAAGAUGUCGGCGUUCGAGUACUAUGACGGCACCACCGAUCCCGCUCAGCACUUGGAAGGCUUUAACUCAAUAAUGGCAUUUUGUGGGGCCUUUGAUGCAAUCAUGUGUCGCGCCUUUCCUCCAACAGUGAGGAAAGCCACCAGGACUUGUUUCACUCACCUAGAGCCGGGCUCUAUUCACGAACUUAAGCAGCUCAGCAUGGCCUUCGCCUCUGCUUUCAUGAGCAGUCGGAGUUAUAGAAAAACACCGGUGAGCCUUACUACUGUGAAGCAGAAAAUUGGCGAAACAUUGAGGAGUAAUCCCAGUAAUCUGAUGGAACUCCAGGCUAGAUGUGAGGAGUACAUGACGACGGUCGAGACCCUAGACGCAAAGAUGGAUGCUCAGGAUGGUAGGACAGAGAAAAAGAGAACCGAGAGAGAUGAAAGGCGAGACUGUGAAGACGACAGGAAGAAGCGGCGAUGCAGGAGCAGAACCCCUCUAAAGCAUUUUGAACGGUACACACCGCUCAAUCGAUCCUGCUCAAAAAUCCUGAUGCAGAUCCAAAGAGAGAGGUACAUCAAAUGGCAGGCAAAAAUAGGCAACAACCCAAACAAGAAGAACGGUGACAAGUUCUGCCGCUUCCAUAAUGGGACCGGUCACCACACCGAUGAAUGCAAGUACCUCAAAGGAGAGAUCGAGAGCCUGAUCUAG